AUGAAUGUGCUAGAUUCGAUACAAAGAAUAACGAAGAAUGGAAAGUCAGGAACUGAUAUUGUUCAAUCUCCUCUAGAAGAGGUAACCGAUGCUCUGUACGACAAGAGCGUGAAGUUCCUGGUGACCCACGAUAUGAAGGUGACCCUACCAGAGACCUUCUUUCAAGGUUCCACUCUCAAGAUAUCUCCCAGAGCCCUGACGAAAACUGGAGCACUCGUCCACAUCGAGCUGGAACCGAAGGAGAUGCAAGAAAAUGGAAGAUUGUUUUUUCACAAAAUUAAAAAAUACCUAAAGAAGAAACUGAUAACAGCGGCCAUAGCAAUAAUAUUAGUCGUCAAACUCAUAGCUUUGAAAUUAGUCUUCGUACUGCCUAUCAUCAUGGGUGUCACCACUGCCAAGAAGAUGUUCCUAAAGUUCCUCUUAUUCCUGUUCCCUGCACUCAGCCAUAUCUUCAAACUAUGCUCGUGGUACCACCAGAAUUAUCACACGACGAAGUUCCAUCAUCACCAUCAUUUGAUCACUCAUCAUCACAAGAAUCCACAUCACCAGCCGUAUGGACCUCCAUCAGGCCACGCAUCUUCCGUAGUAGUUCGACCGCACCAUCUUGGUCCACCGCCAACCUCAGACCACUACAGUCAUGACAACUUUGCGCUGUCUGGGGCAGGACUCGGUACUGAUUUCAUCAUAGGAGACAUUCACCGCAACGCGAUAGCCAACUUCAAGCCGACACAGAACGAUAUGCAGGAUAUAAACGCCUGGGGAUUAGGCCUGCCACCAGGACCAGAUGGAUAUCCAGAUGAUCAUCACUCCGGUGAAUACCCAGCAAGCAACAGCAUACAACUUGGAGUGGCUGCUAAUACUAAUAUACCUCAACGAAUAGCUGUGCAAGGCAAUGCGGGAAGACCUGUCGGGCCGCCCUUGAAUCCAUACUACCGAAACAAGAAAACGACAACAAAAGAUCCCUAUCAAGCUGAAAAAGAAGCGUUGAUACGUGCAGCAGCAUUAGCAGCUAGAGCACCACCUUCUCCGGUCAGAGAUGAGAUUUUAAGAGUUUCAGCAGUCAAGCUAAAAGAGGCUAACAGGAUAAAAACAGAAACUGAUUUGGUGAAGCAGCAACAACAAAUAUUGGCUGCAAAUGAUCCUGAAACUAUAGCCGCAGAGAAGUUCUACGGCCAACUAAUAGAAACAGUAGAUGGACUGCUGGCACAGAUGGGAGCCACGGAACCCGGCUGUAGAGAACGAGCUGUUUGUGCAAUGUACGGAGAUCCUUUUAAGCACACGCCGUUCAGUAACUUAGUGUCAGGACAUCUUAGCAAGGACUCCAAUGAGCUUUUGCCUGCUGGAGACAGUAAGAUGGCUGUAUACUAUUACAGAUAUGUUCAAGCUGCCCGCGAUGGUCAAGAGCAAAAAGACUGUUCUACACAAUAUCCAAACUGUGACAUAGACUUCAGUGAUAAAAAAAGAAAGUGA